GCCGAUGGUGUAUGUGCACCAGACCGGAUACAGCAAGCCUGGACUGGUGCCCAGUCUGACUCCAUUUGGUAUAAAGCUCAUGACCUACCUGCGCAUGGUCAACAUCCCCUAUCAGUACAGCGAAACCCUCAAACUUGGGCCAAAGGGGAAGAUACCCUGGAUCACCUAUAAGGGACAAGCCAUGGGGGACUCAAGCCUUAUCAUGGAGUUCCUAAAUGAAGAAUUUGGAGUUGACCUGGAUGCAUCCCUAUCAGAAAAGGAACGUGCCAUCAGCCGAGCAUUCGUUAAAAUGCUAGAGGAAAACACUUACUGGGGUAUUGGCUAUGACCGCUGGCUGGAAAACUACUUCCACCUGGGGCAGCUGUUUGACGUUCCCUCGGCUGUCCAGCUGUUUAUUUUCCCCACAGCUUCGCGGAAGGUCCGACAGAUGCUGCAUGCUCAGGGUCUGGGCAGGCACUCCACUCAGGAGAUCCACGACAUCAUUCAGAAAGACGUCUGGGCUGCUUCUGAGUUUUUAGGUACCAAGCGAUAUUUCAUGGGAGAGGAGCCAACUGCUGCAGACCCAACUGUUUUUGGACUGUUUGCAGAAUUCCUUUGGACCACACCCAAACACUCCCACCUCUACAAGCUAACCAAUGAACAAUAUCCUAACAUCAAGGACUACUGUUUCCGUAUGAAGGAACAGUAUUGGCCAGACUGGGACGAAAUUGUUGGUACAAAAAGAUGACGUGAUGCAUAUAGUUUUACGAAAUUGCCUUUGCUUGGAAUCAGUGUUGAGUGUUUAAACUUAGCAGAAUGUUGCUAUUUGAAAGACUAGUGUAUUACAUCAUUGAUUUCAAUUGAGUUACUCUAUGCAAGACCAAGAUAUGACAUUUUGUCCAGUCUUUC